GAACCUGCUCUUUAUGGCAUGUGGCUGGUAACUUUUUUCCUGCUGUACUCUUUUCAAGAAGUGAACAGCGAGGAUGUGGGAUUGACGAGGUUGUACUUUGUGAAUGCCUCACUGCAGAAGGUGACGUUCUCUAGCUCGGUGGGGGUGUCCCUGCCAUGCCCAGCUGGGGGCACCCCCAAUGUCAUCUUGCGCUGGUACCUGGCUACCGGCGAUGACAUUUAUGAUGUCCCCCACAUCCGCCAUGUGCACGCCAACGGGACACUGCAGCUGUACCCAUUCUCCCCCUCUGCCUUCAACAGCUACAUCCACGACAAUGACUACUUUUGCACUGCAGAGAAUCAGGCCGGCAAGAUUCGCAGCCCUAACAUCCACGUCAAGGCUGUUUUCAGGGAGCCCUACACAGUGCGAGUGGCAGACCAGCGCUCAAUGCGGGGCAAUGUGGCUGUCUUCAAGUGCCUCAUCCCACCUGCUGUGCAGGAGUAUGUCAGCGUGGUGUCCUGGGAGAAGGACACGGUCUCCAUCAUCCCAGGAAACAGGUUUUUCCUGACAUCUUAUGGUGCCCUGUACAUAUCAGAUGUGCAGAAGGAGGAUGCCCUCUCUACGUACCGCUGCAUCACCAAACACAAAUACAGCGGCGAGACCAGGCAGAGUAACGGAGCCCGGCUCUCUGUGAUGGACCCCACCGAAUCCACCCCUUCCAUCCUGGACAGCUUUCAGUCAGGGGAAAUACAGGCAGGGCGCAGCAUUGAGCUGCCCUGCAUUGCCUCAGGCUACCCAAACCCCACCAUCCGCUGGCUGAAGGAUGGCCGGCCGCUCCCCGCCGACUCACGUUGGACCCGUCGACUCACAGGCCUGACGGUCAGUGACCUACGACUGGAGGACAGCGGCAACUACAUUUGCGAGGUCACCAACAGCUUUGGCUCCAAGGAGGUGACCGGCCACCUCAGCGUCAUCGACCCCUUGCGAGUGACGCUCUCCCCAAAGAACCUAAAGACGGGCAUCAGCAGCACCCUCUUCUUCACCUGCGCCGUGCAGGGCUCGCCCGAGUUCACCGUGACCUGGUACCACAAUACGGAGCCGGUGACUGCGGACCAGCACAUUUCCAUCCAAGGUGUCCACAAUGAGACCCUGCAGAUCACCGCUGCCCAGAAGAAGCACUCGGGAGCCUACCAGUGUUUUGCAAAUCGCAAGGACCAGACUGCCCAGGAUUUCUCUAUCAUCCUACUCGAAGACGGAACGCCCCGUAUCGUCUCCUCCUUCAGUGAGCGUGUGGUCUCCCCCGGAGAGCCCUUCUCCCUCAUGUGCGCUGCCAAAGGAGCCCCACCUCCGACCAUCACCUGGACGCUGGACGAUGAACCGGUGGUCCGUGACUCCUCCCACAGGGCCAGCCAGUACACGCUCUCGGAUGGAAGCACCGUGUCCCACGUCAAUGUUAGCAGCCCCCAGAUACGUGACGGAGGGGUGUACCGUUGCGCCGCACGCAAUUCAGCUGGUAGCGCAGAGUACCAAGCGCGCAUAAACGUAAGAGGAUCCCCCAGUAUUCGAGCUAUGCGCAACAUAACGGCAGUGGCAGGCCGCAACACCUUCAUCAACUGCCGAGUGAUCGGUUACCCCUACUACUCUAUCAAGUGGUACAAGGAUGGGUUGCUGCUGCCUGACAACCAUCGGCAGGUGGUCUAUGAGAAUGGCACGCUCAAGCUUAGCGAUGUGCAGAAGGGCAUGGAUGAAGGUGCCUAUGUAUGCAGCGUCCUCAUCCAGCCCCAGUACUCCAUCAACCAGAGUGUGCAUGUCACGGUCAAAGUACCCCCUCUCAUCCAGCCUUUCGACAUCCCAUCCACCUCCAUCGGGAAGCUGAUAUACAUUGCCUGCGUGGUAUCGUCGGGAGACAUGCCUAUCCGCAUCACCUGGCACAAGGAUGGUCAGCUCAUUGUUCCUGGUUCCUCUGGUGUGGCUAUUGAAACCAAGGAGUUUAUGAGUUCGCUGCAGAUCUCAAAAGUCACGCUCAAGCACAAUGGCAACUAUACCUGCAUUGCCAGCAAUGAUGCUGCCACAGUUAGCUGGGAGAGACAACUUAUCGUCACAGUUCCGCCUCGUUUUGUAGUACAACCCAAUAAUCAGGAUGGCAUCUAUGGCAAGUCUGGAGUCCUCAAUUGCUCUGUAGAGGGAUACCCUCCUCCUAAAGUCAUGUGGAAACAUGCCAAAGGUAUUGGAAACCCCCAGCAGUAUCACCCUGUACCGCUAACGGGUCGUAUCCAGAUCAUGGCCAACGGGUCACUGCUGAUUCGCCAUGUUUUGGAGGAGGACCGUGGAUACUACCUGUGCCAGGCCAGCAACGGCGUGGGCUCAGACAUCAGCAAGAGCAUGGUGCUCACUGUCAAGAUCCCAGCUAUGAUCACCUCGCACCCAAAUACCACGAUAGCAAUCAAGGGUCAGAACAAGGAGCUGAACUGCACGGCACGAGGUGAACAGCCUAUCAUCAUCCGCUGGGAGAAAGGGGACACUGUCAUCGAUGCCGAGAGGAACCCGCGCUACUCCAUCACUAUCAACAAGAAGGGCGACGAGGUCAUUUCCACGCUCAAGCUCAAACCAGCAGAGCGUGGGGACUCCGUGUUCUUCUCCUGCCACGCCAUCAACUCGUACGGGGAGGGGAGAGGCCUCAUCCAGCUCACUGUGCAAGAGCCUCCAGACCCCCCUGAGUUGGAGGUGCGUGAGGUGAAGGACAGGAGCAUGAACCUGCGCUGGACCCAGAGGUUUGAUGGCAACAGCAUGAUCACCAGUUACGACAUUGAAUACAAGAACAAAUCUGAUACCUGGGACUUUAAAUAUACGACACGGAAUAUCUCACCAACCAACAACCAAGCAAAUAUUGUGGAGCUGCACCCGGCCUCUGUCUACAGCAUUCGCAUGUACUCCUAUAACAAGAUUGGCCGUAGUCAGCCUAGCAAGGAGCUGACCAUCAGCACGGAGGAAGCGCAACCCGAUGGUCCUCCGAUGGACGUUGUCCUGCAACCCAUGACAUCGCAAAGCAUCCGUGUCACCUGGAAGGCCCCAAAGAAAGAGCUGCAGAACGGGGUGAUACGGGGGUAUCAGAUCGGGUACCGUGAGAACGGGCCAGGCAGCAACGGCCAAUACAGCAUAGUGGAGAUGAAAGCCACGGGAGACAGUGAGGUCUACACCCUGGACAACCUGAAGAAGUUUGCCCAGUAUGGAGUGGUUGUCCAGGCCUUCAAUCGGGCCGGAACCGGGCCAUCCAGCUCGGAGAUCAACGCCACAACCCUGGAGGAUGUGCCCAGCCAACCACCCCAGAAUGUGCGAGCCAUAAGCGUCACCUCGGAUGAAGCGGUCAUCACGUGGUCCGAGCCCCCGCGGAUGACUCUAAACGGGGUGCUGAAGGGGUACCGUGUGGUGUACUGGUCCUUAUUCCCUGAUGGAGAAUGGGGAGAAAUGCAGAACAUCACCACCACCAGGGAGCAGGUGGAGCUGAAGGGCCUUGAGAAGUUUACAAACUACAGUGUGCAGGUGCUGGCGUACACGCAGGCUGGAGACGGGGUGCGCAGCAAUGUGCUCUACAUCGAAACCCGGGAAGACUAUCCAGGUCCACCAGCUGGCAUCAAAGCUGUCCCUUCCUCACCCAACAGUGUGGUUGUCUCCUGGCUACCCCCAACCAAACCCAAUGGUAUCAUCCGCAAGUACACCAUUUACUGUGCUACCCUUGGAUCUGGCCAGCCGGCCCCCAGCGAGUACGAGGCUAACCCAGAGCAGCUUUUCUACCGGAUAACGCACCUCAUUCGUGGGCAGCAGUACCUCAUUUGGGCUGCGGCUGUCACCACCGCUGGCCGAGGUAACAUCAGCGAGAAGGUCACCGUGGAGCCUGCAGGGAAAGCACCGGCAAAAAUUUUAUCAUUUGGUGGCAAAGUGACCACCCCUUGGAUGAAAGAGGUACGCUUGCCAUGCAGCUCUGUGGGUGAGCCCACACCCACCAUCAAGUGGACCAAAGAUAGUGAAGACUCUGCAAUCCCUUUGGCUCUGGAUGGCCACAGGCUCAUUCUUGCUAAUGGUACACUGGUGCUGCGCUCUGUGAAAGCAGAGGAUUCUGGGUAUUACACCUGCACGGCCACAAACACACUGGGCUUUGACACAAUCAUCAUCAAUCUGGUGGUGCAGGUGCCCCCUGACCAGCCACGCCUGACCGUCUCCAGCACCUCCACGUCCUCCAUCACACUCACCUGGAUUCCUGGGGACAAUGGAGGAAGCUCCAUUCGAGGCUUUGUCCUACAGUACUCAGUGGACAACACAGAGGAGUGGAAAGAUGUCUUCAUUAGCUCCAGUGAGCGCUCCUUCAAGCUGGACAACUUGCGCUGUGGCACGUGGUACAAAGUGAAGCUGGCAGCCAAGAACAGCGUAGGAGCCGGUCGCAUCAGCGAAAUCAUCGAGGCCAAAACGCACGGCCGAGAGCCUCAGUUCAACAAGGACCAGCCAUUGUUGAACCACGUGAACUCUACACAUGCCAACCUGAACCUACAGGGCUGGACCAGUGGUGGUUGCCCCAUCACGGAUGUCCUGCUGGAGUAUCGGCCCAAGGGCACCUGGGCCUGGCAGAACCUUCGGGCAAAUGCCUCCUCUGAGCUCUUCCUGGCUGAGCUGCGAGAAGCCACCUGGUACGAGCUGAAGGUGAAGGCCUGCAAUAGUGCCGGCUGUGGCAACCAGAGCUCCCAGUUUGCCACGACUGACUACGAUGGGAGUACAAUCCCACCAAUCAAGUCAGCACGCGGGGAAGGAGAUGAUGUGAAGAAGCUGUUCACCAUCGGCUGCCCAGUCAUCUUGGGAACCCUGGGCAUGGGCCUGCUGUUCAUCAUUCGCAAGAAGCGCAAAGAGAAGAGGCUGAAGAGGCUGAGAGAUGCUAAGAGCCUGGCUGAAAUGCUCAUCAGUAAGAAUAAUCGCAGCUUCGACACCCCGGUGAAGGGCCCUCCACAAGGUCCUCGGCUUCACAUUGACAUCCCCCGCGUCCAACUGCUGAUUGAGGACAAAGAGGGCAUUAAGCAGCUCGGUGAGGAUAAAGCCACAAUCCCCGUGACUGACACAGAAUUCAACCAGUCGGUGAAUCCACAGACCUUCUGCACAGGAGUUUCCUUGCAUCAUCCUGCCCUCAUCCAGAACUCAGGACCCUUAAUUGAUAUGUCAGACAUUCGUCCAGGAACCAAUCCGGUGUCUAGGAAGAGUGUGAAGUCUGCCCACAGCACACGAAAUCGCUACUCCAGCCAGUGGACGUUGACCAGGCCUGGCCAGUGCCAAGCCUCCACUCCUGCCCGCACCCUCACUUCUGACUGGCGCACCGUGGGCUCCCAGCAUGGCAUCACUGUCACGGAGAGCGACAGCUAUAGCGCCAGCCUCUCCCAGGACACUGACAAGGGGCGUAACAGCAUGGUGUCCACCGAGAGCGCCUCGUCAACCUACGAGGAGCUGGCGCGCGCCUACGAGCACGCCAAGCUGGAGGAACACCUGCAGCACGCCAAGUUCGAGAUCACCGAGUGCUUCAUCUCGGACAGCUCGUCCGAUCAAAUGACGACGGGAACCAACGACAAUGCCGACAGCAUGACCUCUAUGAGCACGCCCUCCGAACCAGGCAUCUGCCGUUUCACCGCCUCCCCGCCCAAGCCCCAAGACUACGACCGUGGCAAGAACGUGGCCGUGCCGAUCCCCCACCGCGCCAACAAGAGUGACUACUGCAACCUCCCCCUCUACAUGAAGUCUGACCCGUUUUUUCGGAAACAGCCAGAAGCGCACGACGCUUGUCCCGUCGUGCCCCCGCGAGAGGCCUCUAUCCGAAGUCUUGCUGCCCGGGCCUACCACACACAGGCCCGCCACAUGACUCUCGACCCCGCCAAACAGCAGGCCCUGACACUGGGACACGCGGGGCUCGCUGGAAGCGUGGCCUUAGGGAGCGGCUCCGGAACUGCCACCCUGCCGCAGAGGACCAUGCUCGGCUCCUCGGGCCCUAGCGCCGGCGUGGGGGCCGCGGCCGCAAUGGUGGUGGCAAGCUCCGGCUCCUCCGGCGGUCCCAGCGCUGCCUCCAAAAUGGGCGGCUCCAGAGACUCCUUGCUGGAGAACAGUUCCGCUGGAAUAGGCAGACUGCAGAAGCAGGGGGCCGGGGCCUAUUCCAAGUCCUACACAUUGGUGUAGUGAUGCUGGAGCUCGAGGGGGACUCACAUACACUGGUGGCUCAAUUGGUGUAAAAACACGCUGUCCAAAUCAGCAUAGACUGGGAACUCAGGGGCAACCAUGAUUUUUUGAAGCACUGGGGCUCCCCUGCCACUGUCUCUGUUUCCCUUUACCUUUCUUCUGAUUACA